AUGAGGCGGCGGCUGCGCCUCCGCGGGGACGCGCUGCUCACGCUGCUCCUCAGCGGCGCCCUGGGGCUCCUGCUCUACGCGCAGCGCGAGGGCUCGGUCCGCCCGACGGGCGCGCCCCGGGGGCCGGCUCCGGGCCCCAGCGCCGGGCUCCGCGAGUUCCAGGCCGCGGACGCGGGCGCAGCCCCGCCCGUCUACGAAGGGGACACGCCGGAGCCGCCCACGCCCGCGGGGCCCUUCGACUUCGGCCGCUACCUGCGCGCCAAGGACCAGCGGCGCUUCCCGCUCCUCAUCGACCAGCCGGCCAAGUGCCGCGGCCGCGGCGCGCGCGGGGGCCGCCCCGAGCUGCUCAUCGCCGUCAAGUCGGUGGCGGCCGACUUCGAGCGGCGCCAGGCCGUGCGCCAGACGUGGGGCGCCGAGGGGCGCGUGCAGACGGCGCUCGUGCGCCGCGUGUUCCUGCUGGGCUUGCCCCGGGCGGCGGGCGCGGACGCGGGGGGCGCGGGAGAAGGGGCCCCGCGGGCGCACUGGCUGUCCCUGCUGCGCGCCGAGAGCAGGGUCUACGCCGACAUCCUGCUCUGGGCCUUCGACGACACUUUCUUCAACCUGACGCUCAAGGAGAUCCACUUUCUGGCCUGGGCCUCGGCGCAUUGCCCCAACGUGAGCUUCGUGUUCAAGGGGGACGCCGAUGUGUUUGUGCACGUGGGAAACCUCCUGGAGUUCCUGGCGCCGAGGGACCCCGCGCAAGACCUGCUCGCAGGCGACGUGAUCCUGCAGGCGCGGCCGAUCCGCGCGCGGGCCAGCAAGUACUACAUCCCCGAGGCCGUGUACGGCCUGCCCGCCUACCCGGCCUACGCGGGCGGGGGCGGCUUCGUGCUCUCGGGCACCACGUUGCGCCGGCUGGCGGACGCCUGCGCUCAGGUGGAGCUCUUCCCCAUAGACGACGUCUUUUUGGGCAUGUGCCUGCAGCGCCUGCGGCUCGCGCCUGAGCCUCACCCCGCUUUCCGGACCUUUGGCAUCCCCCAGCCUUCCGCCGCCCCGCACCUCCGCACCUUUGACCCCUGCUUUUACCGUGAGCUGGUUGUGGUGCACGGGCUCUCCGCCGCCGACAUCUGGCUCAUGUGGCACCUGCUGAACGGGAAGCGCAGGCCCACCUGUGCACACCCGAGGCCCGUGGCAGCUGGGCCCUUCCAGUGGGGGCCCUGAUCACUGCUCAUUCACAUCCAGGAUGUGGCUGCUGUUCGAAGGGGCAGAUUUCCCAGGCAGAUUUAUUUCACUGUUUCUACCCCGGAAAGGGGCAAGUUCAGGAUCCAGUCAAUUUGCCCACAGAAUCCCAGGGAAUGAGACUGAGCUGGCACACACCUGGGAGCAGGUCUGGAACUACGCUAACGGCAAUCCUUUGAGAUAGGUGGUGCCGUGACAGGCUCCACCAAGCAGGCCUGAGGGGUCCGGGGGUUGUUCGCGCAGGGGCUGAUGGAAUCUGGCCAUACUCCUGGAACCCUAGGAUGGGGGCACUAUGAAGGUCGUUCUCAAGGCUGAACCCCGUGGGAGAGGGGAGUGAGGGAGGGGGUCAGGCAGGCAUUGCGCCAGAACUCAAUCUGAAGCAGCAUUUUGCUUCCCAGCUGCCCCUCCAAAUCGGAUCUUCAGCCCUGUCCACAUUUUUAGGCCUGAAAUCUGCUUUCUAGGAGCCAGGCCCUCCUGGGCUCUGGCCUAGCAGGAACACCAGGGCUGGAGGUGCAAAGGGGCAAAUGAGUGCAUGGUCCUUCCCAAAGUCUUUCCACCUCCAACUCCCCCCACCACACACACACCUACACCAAACACAAGGAUGCCAAUCCCCUGCUGGGAGGCCGUGAGAAUCCCCCUUCAGAAGAACCACGGAAUCUCUUCCCCUAACGUAACUCCAGUUGUAAAAUCUCCCAUAUUUUUCAACCACCCUUCCUCAAAAAAAAACAACACCUGACACUUUAGUACAAACAUAUCAGCAACGGAACAUGGUGAGCCGCUGCUGAGGGCAAAGGUCUUUAUUGGAGGGGCGUGGGCAGGGGAUGAGGAAGGUUCCCCCAUUCCAGGAGGAUGGGAACAGUCCUGGCUGUCCCUGACAGUGGGCUGUGCGGGGGUCUCUGGCCAGGCCACAGUCUGAAUGGGAAGACACCAGUUAGUCACAAAGUCACGGGGGCGCCACACAAGCCUAGCGGUAGGCCCAGUCACCACGCGGAGCCCAGGGCAGGUCCCCUGCACAUUCAUUGUUAAACUAUACAGGAUGAGGCUGUACAUGAGUUAAUUACAAAAGUCAUAUUUACAAAAAUCUGUACACACAUUUGAAAAACUCACAAAAUUUUCAUCUAUGUAUCACAAGUUGCUAGACCAAAAUAUUAAAAAUGGGAUAAAAUUAUACAUUUCUCUUCUCA